AUGCCUCAACCAGCCUUGGAUUACUUACCACCUGAGAUCUUCCUCGCAAUCAGCGAUCUGCUCCCUUGGACAGACAAAGAAUCCUUGAGUAUCGUCAAUAAGAAAUUACGAAACCAACUGGUCCCUCACCUUUUCCGGCACAUCAAGAUUGAUUGCCCCUUGGCCAAAGAAAACAAUCUCCAAUCCGUGAUUCAGUUGCAUGGCGCUCACGCAUUGAGUGUACGCCUAUACGUAAAAUUUCAACCCAAUCCGCCCAACUCGACUCUCGAAGGUACAAAGGUUGAUCCCGAGUCUGCACAAGAAUGGUACUGGGAUGAUUACCCACCUUCCGUCUGGGCUCGAGCUUCUGACGACGUUCCAGUCAUUCAUGAUGUGAUUCAGUUCAAAGGGAUGCCCAAAUGUUCUAUGCUCAGUAUUCACACGAAUGGAGAAGAUGACUUUGAAAUUGAUGGAGGUUGGGACGAGAACGACCUUGCCGAUUUGAGCAUGUAUUUCUGCACCUCACCGGAAAGUUGGGAAACAGUCAAGGACAAGGAGAAGAAGUACAAUUGGAGACGAGCAUGGAAUACACUCUGGCGUGAUGUGGCCAAACAUGCAAAGACAGAAUCUCUUGAACUGCUUCACUUCCUGCCAAUCAAGGCUUCAUGCUGGCUGGAUCAGGAAUGGGUAGCCCUUUUGGCAAGGUUGAAGAAUUUAACAAUACGAGCCUACGGUCAAGACAACGGGGCUGGAUGGGCAGCCAACACGUUGGAAGGUUUCAACUCUUUCUUCAAUGAGAUGCCGGAUUUUCUUUUUCAACAUGCAAAGAAUCUAGAGCAUCUGUGUAUAGCUGGUCACGAGGAUGGACAUCUCGGCGAAAACGCUCUACGCUUCGAGCCAAAUACUAUGCCUCAGCUGAAAUCGCUACGACUGGAGACAAUGAGUACCACUCAAAGCUUGAAGGAGUUUCUCAGAGGAAGUACCCCUAAUCUUGAGUCAAUACAUCUGUUUAACGUAGCGGCAUGGGCUGAGGGAAACGAGCCAACUUGGGCAGAGUUCUGGAAGGCUGUCCGACAGGGAAACCCCGCCUUGAGGGAGGUGGUUUACCAAUAUUCGAGAAGCGUCCCGUUAACUAUGGACGAGUUUAUGAAUGACGAUUUUGACCCUGCAGAGAUGGAUCCUGAAGAGGUUGCUCAAGUACGGAAGAAGGUUACCGAUGACCCUACUCUUGUUAUUUGGCCAUAUGUCACAUCAAACGACAAGUACGGGGAUGUUCAAGCUUGGGAAGACACCAUCCUAGAGGCUCUCGAAAAGGGCGACGAUAACAGCGAGUAUAAAUUAUUGAUGGAAGAGAUCAAACAGAGACAGAAGAGCACUACAUCUUGA